GCGAUAAUCUGCGUCUGUUUGACAGAAAUCAACAAUUUCGCUGUCAAAUUUUUAUUCCUGAAAAAGUAAAUAAAAAUCGCAAAAAUUGAGCCCCUAUGGAAUAAAUCUACUUUACUUUUAGUCGCAACUAUAAUUGUAGUAAUGGCGUGGCGUAGUCAUGGUGUAAAUAAUGCAGAUAUGAUAAGGAAUCUUCGAGCUAACGGUAUUAUAAAAACCAUCACUGUAGCGAAUGCAAUGAACGCGGUUGAUCGUAAAUUUUAUUGCCCAUAUGCCCCUUAUCAAGACUCUCCACAAUCAAUAGGAUAUGCUGCAACUAUUAGUGCUCCACAUAUGCAUGCUCAUGCCUUGGAAAGACUACAUAACCAGUUGGUUCCUGGUGAGAAAGCCCUGGAUGUGGGAUCUGGUUCUGGUUAUCUAACAGCAUGCAUGGCAAUCAUGCUCGGAGAUACUGGAAGCGUCGUAGGAAUUGAGCAUAUCCCAGAACUUGUAUCUCUUGCUACCAAAAACAUACAAAAUGGCAACCCUGAUUUACUAACAUCUGGAAGAAUUAAACUUAUUGCGGGUGAUGGGCGAAAAGGAUAUCCAGACGAGGCACCAUAUAAUGCUAUUCAUGUUGGGGCAGCUGCACCGAGUGUGCCACAAGCUUUAAUAGAUCAGCUGAAACCCGGAGGACGUCUCAUUGUGCCAGUUGGUCCUGAAGGAGGGGAACAACAUCUUACACAGGUGGAUAAAGCAGCAGAUGGUACAACAACGGUAAAGAAACUAAUGAGUGUGAUCUAUGUCCCGCUGACAGACAAAAACCAUCAAUACCGUUCUUGGCGCUAAAUUGUUUAUUUUACAAUCUUUUAAUUCCCAAAUAUUUAAAUUGGCUCAGACUGAUUCAUUGUAAAUUUUUUCCACUAUUACACUGGCAGCCUCUAAAAAUGGUAAGUUAAUGUUUAAAAUCGACAAAAUCAAUGAGGAAAUGUGUAAUGACUUUUAGUAUAUUCCGUUGUUUGAUUUUUGGUUUGUUAUUUUUUUAAAAUUCAC